AUGGAUCGCCAUCAGCAGUACGGAACGCGAGUCAAGUCAGAAGAUGAAGAGCUCGGCAUAUGGGUGCCCGUGAAGCAAGAGCGAGAACCUACCGAGCGCGCUCCUGGCGUUGUACCCAAAGUCGAACCAUCCGGCGAGACCAUCGCGACCUCUAACCGACCAGAGAAUGCUCACAAUCAAGCUCGAGAGUGUCCACCUUCCACCCGCAAACGAAGACGUGGUCCAAGAGCCAAGAAGCCGCCAAAGAGAGUGCGCCUGGCAGAGAAACUACGAAAAGCUGAGGAGAUGAACGGCCUACCUGGCAAUGAACAGCUUCAUCAAGAACGUGACGACGCUGUUAUACAGCGAGCAGAGACUCUUUCAAACGAACACCAAAGGCUCUCGACCGAGGGCGUAAACAAUACUGAGCUGCGGAAUUCUCGAAUCUACCGAGAGCUCUCUGACGCUCGUAAGAUGAUAGCAGACCUUAGAGCACGCUCACAAGUGAGUGCACCGAAGAAACAAGCUUCGCCACCUCAUCAAGUACCCGAGUCGACCGCUAUAUCGAAGCAAGCGAGUACCAUAACCGCAUUAAGAGCCGAGAUAUCCCGACUAGAGCAACAGCUAAAGGAAGCAUGUCGGGAUGGCGAGAAUGCCAUACGCGAUGCUCGCGCCUUUCAGAAGAACAACAUCGAUGCCGGAGCUCUAGAGAGACAACUUGCAAUAGAACAAGCGAAGAAUAGGGCAAUGGUCAGCAGGCUACAGAAAGCUCUUAGGAAACAGCAGGACAAGAGUGACGGAGCGCAUAGUGGCUUACCCCAGGUCGUCGAGCAGGAGGUUGGCAUGACAGGCUGGCCAGGAUAUGCUGGUGGACAGAUUGUCAAGAUUGAAGAUGCGGACAUGGAGUAUGAGGAUGACGAGUAG